AUGAUCCAAAACUUAGAAAAUCAGAACCAGCAACAAAACAAGACGAUCCAAAACUUAGAAAAUCAGAACCAGGAACAAAACGAGAACAAAGAUCUGUGCGAAAGGAUCAAAAAGUCCUUGGUUAAGAACCAGAAGCUACAGGAGGUGAACCGAAUGUUUUCACACAUCAUCCACUUACACUUCGAAGAACAGACCAAGAGGAUCUGCUUGCAGAUGGAGUCGCUGGAGAAAGUUCAGAUGAGGUGUGAUGAAGCAGAAGGUGAAGUCUGCCCACACCUACGAGAUCUGAAGGAGGAACGUCAACAACAUGCUCAGCUGAAAGACUCCCAUUCAGAGCUCCUCAAAGCUGUCACCGAGCUCAACCAAGAGAAGGUGAAUUUGAAGGAGGAGCUCGAAACGUUGAGGACAGCAGUCGGUUCCUCAGGCCCUCGGGAAUUUUGGGAAUUUAUUUUUAAAUCUUAUAAGAAGCGCAUGUCCGAAGAUCUGAAAAGUGUGGAGAACAGGUUAUCGGAGGAGUAUGAUCCCCCUCACCGUGAGCUGUCUGGACCACUUACCCCCCAGCAGAUCUACUGUGCACUGACACCAUCCCACCUGCAGAGGGAGUGUGUAGUGUACUACAUGCACUACAAAGAGUACUACUACAAAGUUCACAGAGAGAUCCCGCAGCUACAGGGAGUCCAUGGAGGCAUGUUUAGAGCUUAA